AAGUACAUGCACUAUAACGCAAGGUAUUUGUAUGUGUUAGGUUCGUGAAAGUUAGGUUUAAUCAAAAUGGAGAUUUUGGGAGUGGAUCUGUCAGUUACGUGGGUUUUAGUUAUCGGAAUCGUAACUUUAGUCGCCUGGUACGAUUGGUGGAGUCAUCAGUACUUUCAGCGACUGGGUAUUCCCGUUGCUGACUACGUCCCAGUCUUUGGGAAUAUACUACAAUGGCGACACGGAUUUCAUCAUACCUUUGCUGAUUUCGCGAAAAAGUAUGGCAAAGUUUUCGGGAUGUAUGAUUUUAGGAAACCAUUGUUGAUUGUAACUGAUCCUGAGAUCGUGAGGAAUGUCUGCAUCAAGAAUUUCUCCAGUUUCAACAAUCGUAGGAAGUUACCACUACGUCAGCGGCCUUUAGAUAAGGGCUUAACAAUACUGGAUUUCCAAGAUUGGAAGGAUGUCCGUAACGUCAUUACACCGUCGUUCAGUGCGUCUAAAAUGCGUCUGAUGUCUGUAUUGUUAAAUGACUGUUGUGAUACUUUGGUUGGAAAUAUCAACGAAGCACACAGUGGGGGGAAAUCUGUCGAUUGUAGACGGAUAUUCGGAGGUUUUUCUAUGGACGCUAGUGCAAGGUGUGGAUUCGGAUUGGAAGUGGAUUCACAGAAAAACAAGGAUGAUCCAUUCAUCAAACAUGCCAAGAAGGCGGUUAAUUUCAGCUUCUUCAAACCAGCCUUACUACUUUCCGCCGUCUUUCCGAUCCUUGGGCCCGUAUUUGACUACUUCGACAUUGGUGUUUUUGAUACCAGCGCGACUAAGUUUUUUUCUGACGUAACAAAGGACGCUUGUAAACUUCGCAAAGAGGAAGGGAAAUCUGCUCCUAAGCGUGUUGAUAUGUUGCAGUUGAUGCUGAAUGCUCAUAACGACACAGAUGAAGAAAGGACAAAUGUUGCCAAAGAGGGCGUUUCUAACCGCAAGGCUUUGACAACUGAAGAAGUUAUGGCUCAGGGUGUCAUAUUUUUCUUGGCCGGGUACGAAACUACGAAUGCUCUCCUAAGCUUCGCUGCGUACGCCAUGGCAACUAACCCAGACAUCCAAGAAAAACUGCAAGCAGAGAUUGACAAGAGCGCCCCCACACGGGACAGCCUAGGCUAUGACGUCAUCGCCAAGAUGGACUACCUCGAUAAGGUAGUCAGUGAAACUCUGCGCAUGUAUCCAGCUGGAACAAUAUUUGAUCGCGUGUGUAACGAGACCAUCACUUAUGAAGGGUUAACGAUAGAAAAGGGAGUUGCUGUUGUGGUGGCCGUAUGGCCAAUUCACCACAACGAGGAGUAUUGGCCAAACCCAUCUAAGUUCGAUCCUGAAAGGUUUAGUGCCGAGAACAAAGAGUCCAUACAACCCGGUACUUAUUUGCCCUUUGGUAUUGGACCUAGAAAUUGCAUCGGCAUGCGAUUUGCCUUGCUGGUAAUUAAAAUGGCACUGGUACGUGUGAUGCAGAACUUCCGGUUUGAGGUCAGCCCGGAAACUGAGAUUCCUCUUACACUUGGCAGUACUAAUUUGGCCCCGAAGACUCUGUUCGUGAGAUUUGUCCCACGAAAGUAAAAUAAAAAUGUUGAAGUGAAACGGAUUUGCCUGGAUUUGUUCGUGUCCUGCUGCGACAACGGAUACUUAUACACAUGUAUAAGAAAGGGAGGGUUGAGCUUUUUUUUUCAAUGCCAUGACGGUCUCGGGAGCAGUGGUUAUGUCAUCAACGUUGUAGCUGCCCAAACUUUAGUGCCUACUCAUCUUUGGACAUCACCUGCGUGACGUUCAUGGAAACACCAAAGUGUCUACCAAACCUCAAAGUGGCCAAUUAAAGCUUCGUUUUCAUGGACCACGUCUAUGGAAUGGACUCGGGCAGUCUGUAAAAUCAAAGUCCUCUGUUGGCCGAUUUAAAACCGCUUUCAAAAACCAUCUUAUCUCCCAGUAUAUUUAGCAUAGUUUACAUGUAUUUUGUCUUGGUUUAAAUGUGCUUUAUUUUGCUUGGUACCUCUUUUAUUAACCGUGUCGUAAUGUUGCAUAUGUCCGUCUGAUGUCUACUACAGCUUAUGUCCCCUCUGUUUGUUUGUCUGUUUUUGUUUCAUUGUUUUGUUUUGUUUUGUUUUGUUUUGUUUUGUUUUGUCUUUUGUAUUUUGUUUUGCUUGUUCUUUCUUGUUUACUUAAGUCUAUUUUUGUGUGUGUUUAAGGCAUUCCGUUUAUAAGCUUCGGCUUCCUGGGCAGGGUAAUGCCUCCACGUAUUAGUUUUAUUGUAUCUAUUGUUUUGUUUUCUUAUUAAGUGAUUACCCUUUGUGGACAUGUUCGUUGAAUUGAAUUGAAUUGAAGGCAUACUGAUCGAAAGGUCGAAAUGGUACGCAUAGGUGCUUUCCUGAUUGUAUAGCAGUAACUAACAAGUUCAAAUUUAUUUUAUCUAAUUCGUCUCUUAUAUUUCACAUUGUAAUGACAUCGGCAUCCUUGCAAUCGAAUGUAAAAAAAACAAAAAAAUAUGAAAAACAAAAUAAUAAAUAGUAUUGACUAUAAUUAAUAACAUUA